AUGAAACGACCGAUCUCCGCGAACUCCCAGAGCCCAAAUCCACUUCAAGCUCCAAAGCAACCAACGCUCCGACAUCCACGACCCAAACACCCUACACGGUUGAACCAUUCCCCUACAUUAGAGCCCUUUCCUGCCCCAGAAGCACCAGUAGGGAACAAGUCACCACGACCAACAAGCACAACUCGGCCCACGCACUACCAACCAUUCAUCCCAGCUGCUCUUCGCAAUGUACCUUCAAGUACUAUUGCCGGCACAUCUAACCAGUCAAGUGAGAAGGCCAGCGGCUCUAACAGUGCCUAUACUGGAUCGUUCUCAAACAGCACAGUUGCAAAAACACCGCUCAACGCUCCUCGUUCCUCAGCUACCACUCGGGGGACUGCAAUUACGCCUCAAUAUACCGUACCCACGAUGCCAGCUUCCCCACCCAUCCCACAUCAGUCCUUCUACCACGCUUCUUUUCAGACUGACUAUGGGUUGCAACCCUGGUCUAGACAGGAUCCUCACGCAGCAGCUCUUCAAACACCGCAACAAUGUCAGUCACAUGGCCAAUCAAUCCAUGCUACGCACCCGCAAGUGGAGUCUGGCCAAUAUCUCCCAGUGCUACCAUACCUUCCUCUACCCACAUCACAGGUUCAACCUGUAGCUUCAAGUCGUACAUUACCACAGCUAAAUUGCAAUGGCCAGGUGCAAGCCGAGUCUGAACCUCCAGUCUUGCCGCCUAUAGAAUCUAUUCCAAUGUUAGCACCACCAGCUACUGCAGAUUACCAGCUCUAUCCAACAUACACGAGCACCCCUAGAAAUUCUCCUGCUACGCUUCUACUCCAAUGUGACCAUGAUGGACUGAGAGAGAAGAUGGCCGUGCGUCAACGAGAAAUCAAGUCACUCAACUCCCAGAAGCAGUACUGGUCGAGGGAGCUGAUCCAAUUUGAAAGAAACCGGCUAUUAAAUCAACUUGAGGGACUCCGCACGUUCGAGGCUGCUCAGACAGAGGACUUUGCCUCAGCCCAGAAAGAUUAUUUUGAUCUACUCGGGGUAACAGAUUACGCCGAGAACGCUGGGAUAUUGGGCCCUCUGACCAUUCUACUAAAGCUGGAAGAAGUGAUAGCGACUAUGACAGCGGAGUACUACUGGUGCAGGAACGUGCUGGCGAACGUUGGUGUCGACAUAGGUGUCGACGAUGACCUGUAG